CGCCGCCUGUGUUUUGUUUGGAGACGCUUCAUCCAUCAUGGCGAUGCAUGCGAAGGCGACUCCACCACAGAUCCCGGACACCCGCCGGGAGCUCGCCGAACUGGUGAAGAGGAAACAAGAACUAGCCGAGACACUGGUGAACCUGGAAAGACAGAUAUAUGCAUUCGAAGGCAGCUACUUAGAAGACACCCAGAUGUAUGGCAACAUCAUCAGAGGAUGGGACAGAUACCUUACCAACCAGAAGAACUCCAACAGUAAGACAGACAGAAGGAAUAGGAAAUUCAAGGAAGCGGAGCGUCUAUUCAGCAAGUCGUCCGUCACGUCAGUUGCAGCGGUAUGUGCACUUGGUGGGAUCCCGGAUCACAUGAAUGAAAAACGUGAGGCAGGCAGUGGGACGGAAAGUGAUGCAUCUCCAGACCUCCAAAACCAAGAGAACGAGCCCAGCCAGGAGGAUACAGAAGACGUGGACUCAACACUGCAGGACCUAAAACCUCAGAAGGCUGCCUCAUCCUCCUCCUCAGGCAGCCAUCACGGGAGCCACAAGAAGAGGAAGAACAAAAACAGACACAGUCCUUCUGCCAUGUUUGAUUAUGACUUUGAAUUUGACAUGAAGGUUAACAAGAAACCGCGAGCUGAUUAUUCAACCUAACAGAACAACGACUGGAACAGCUGGAUUCAUGAAGAGACAGAUUCAGAUUUCUGGACUUUGAACUUUUUAUGCCUUUUUUUUUUUUUUUUUUUUUUUCUUCUUCUUCUUCUCGAGUUGUCAUAUUUCAGCCUGUGCUGUGUGUAUUGCUUGAAACAUUCCCCCUGUCACCUACCUUUGGUCACGGUUAAGAUUUUGACCUACCAAUUAAGUAGAAAUAUGGUGUUGCAUGUUACUUGAGGCCUGAUGAGGCCCACCUCCAGUAAUGCACCAUCUUGUAUAGUGUUUAAAAAAAAAAGGUUGUAUUUAUUAUGUAGUAAAUUUCCAUGUUGGCCGUGGUAAGAAAGUGUUGCUUUUUGUUCAGCGUCACAGUCCUAGAAGUCCUGAAUAGCCCGGAUUCUUUUAUUACAUGGUUUGUUUUUCAAAAAAAGAAUAAAAUACCAGUAACAUGAA